GAGAGAGGUUUAAAUAUCAGAGAUAAAAAUAUCUCGCUGCGCAAACAUGAUUCCGUGUGUGCUUUUACUUUGUCUCCUUCACGCCAUCAUGGCUGAAAACAGACUCGUCUCCGUGGACUUUGAGGUCUUCGGGAACGUGCAGGGAGUGUGCUUCAGGAUGUACACGGAGGAUCACGGGCGCAGUCUGGGGCUCAGCGGCUGGGUGAAGAACACCAGACAGGGCACCGUGAUUGGUCAGGUCCAGGGACCGUGGGACAAAGUCAGUGACAUGAAGCACUGGCUGAAGAGCGUCGGCAGUCCGAGUUCCCGAAUUGAUCGAGCCGUGUUCUCCAACGAGCGAGACAUUUCCAAAGUAGAGAUCCACGGGUUCUCGACUCGCUACUGAGCACGCUCACACACCUGAUCUGCAGCUGACGACAAAUCUGACAGUACUGAUUAUUGAUUGGUGACAUCACUGUUUCCAAUGUUUAUUAUGAUCAGAGAAAUAAAGUGUAAAGAUUUACUGUU